AUGAAGCCGGGAGUCUUGGCCGCGUCGGACGGCGAGCUGCAGCCAGAGGACGAGCCGGAGCGGCCCCCGCCCGGGAGACACCCGGACGCCGCCGACAAGCAGUCGCCGCCGCCGCCACAGCAGCAUCGGUGGCCGCGGGCAGACCGGGGAAGAGAGAAGGAGGGCGACAGCGGCCCAGAGGAGCAACCGGAGAAGGCGAGGCCACUCACCCGCCCGGACCUGCCCUUCUACCGCCCCUUGCCCCUCGCCCCAAGGAACCUUUGA